GUUGCGCUGCGGCCCAGCUGCUACCCCUGGACACCCUCACCAUGGAAGAGACUGCCGAAGAACCCCCCAUGUCAGCCGUGUUGCUGGAUGAUUGUCAUUUCUCUCAGGUCAUCUUCAACAGUGUAGAAAAGUUCUAUGUUCCUGGAGGGGACGUCACCUGCUUCUACACCUUUACUCAACAGUUUGUUCCCCGUCGGAAGGACUGGAUUGGAAUUUUCAGAGUGGGAUGGAAGACCACCCGAGAGUAUUACACCUUCAUGUGGGUUACUUUACCUCUGGACCUAAACAGUGACGAAGCCAAACAUCAGAAUGUCCACUUCAAAGCUUAUUACCUGCCCAAGGAUGAUGAGUAUUACCAGUUCUGCUACGUGGAUCAGGAUGGUGUGGUCCGGGGAGCAAGUAUCCCAUUCCAGUUUCGUCCAGAAAUUGAGGAGGAUAUUCUGGUUGUUACUACUCAGGGAGAGGUGGAAGAGAUUGAGCAACAGAACAAAGAACUUCACAAAGAAAAUCAGGAACUGAAGGACAACUGUGCCAGCCUCCAGAAGCAGAACUCAGACCAGCAGGCUGAGCUCCAGAAGAAGCAGGAGGAGCUAGAAACCCUGGAAGGAAUCAAUCAGAAGCUGGAACAGAAGAUGAAAGAGCAGCAGGACUGCUGGGAGACUGAGCUGCUUUCAAUGAAAGAACAGAACCUGAAGCUGUCCUCUGAGAAUAAGAAGCUGGGAGUGAAAGUGGACCAGCUUGAGGUCCAGCUGUCAACUCAAGAGAAAGAGAUGGAAAAACUUGUUCUGGAAGAUCAAGAUAAGACAGAGGAGUUGGAACGUCUGACACAGGAAAAUGAAGAGCUCUUUUUCAAUUUAACCAAACAGACGGAAAGCUGCAACAAGCUGGAUCAGACAGUGCAAGAGAUGAAACUGAACGAAAUUACUGAAGUGCAAAAGCACCAAUCGAUACUGGAUCCUAGGAACGAGCUAACAGCAGUGGAGGAGCAGUUAGUACUCGAGGUGACCAGCUUAAAGACAAAGGUAGAGGCCUAUUUCUUAGAGAAGCACAAAGAGUGCCAAGGACUCUACAAACAGAUCAGGCAUCUCAGGGCUGCUGCACUGGAAGAGAACUUUGACCUGUCAAAUAGACUAAGUGAGAACAAAAUGAUAUGUGAUGUUCUGAAGAGAGAGAAACAGCAGCUGGAAAGAGAAAAUGAGAUUCUAAAACGGGAGAACAGCAGAUUGCUGAGUUAUAUGGGUCUAGAGUAUGAUUGUCAGCCAUAUCAAGCCCCUACCUCUGGUCUAGAAGGUGCGGGACAGAACUCAGGACUUGUCUUUGGAAACCCAUAUUCUGGUAUCCAAGAAAGUUCUGCUCCCUACUUGAAAUGCCACUCUUACGAACCUGAAUUUCCUGAGCAUAUUUUUGAGCCCACCAUGGAGCAACAGCACCUGGUUUGUUUGAAUUGUCCAAUUUGUAACAAGAUCUUCCCAGCCACAGAGAAGCAGGUCUUUGAAGAUCAUGUGUUCUGCCACUCGCUCUAAGUGUCCCAGCCUCUUGGAUCUCUGUUGUACAAAAACUUUUAAGAGUAGAACCUUUGUCUUCUCUGCAUUAUGGUCUAAGCUAGCCUGUAACCUGACGUGAUUAGGGAUUGACCCUGUCCACUCCAUCUCAGCUAAAGGUGACGUCAUGUCAGUUACCUAAAGGGUAGUGGUAAGGGCCAUUUCUACCGUCCUGUGGAAGAACUUGAGGAUGUUACUCCCAUCCUGUUGCUUCCAUGCCUUAGGUUACUCCUCUUUGAUCACUGAACCCAGUUUCUUUUCCUAGGGAUCUCAUGCCAAUAGACCCCAAAGUGAAAAGAUUUUUCCCUUUCCCUAGAAAUCUCAUACCAGUAGACCCUGAAGUGCCCAAGUCCCUGGGAUGGAACAGAUCUGGUUGUUCCAUUCUUUUUUUUUUUUUUUUUUUGAUCUGGUUAUACUUAACAUGUAUGUCUAAGCUGCUGUUUUGUGAUUUGAUUUAUAAGUGUCCCCUGUCCGUUCAUGGUCAGGCCUUGUGCUCAGUUCUCAAUCCUAACCCUAGGUCUGACCAGAGUAUGAGAAGUUCCUCUUCCUGCUGCUCCUCCUCCCAACACGUCUUCUCCAGCUGUUUGCCUUACACUAGCCAAAAGUGAUACGAUAAGAGAACUCCGUCGUUUGAUUUUGUACUGCAGGUUUCUCGUCUUGAUUUCUCAGGUUUUCACAGAGCAUCUUAUAUCUAAGCUGUUGACUGGAAAUAGUAUUUCAAUCACAGAAA